AAACACAAAACCAAUUUUACUAUUUUUGAGCGCUCAACCUCGUUCUCUGCUAAUCUCGCUCUUUGCUCAAAAGUCAGACCGCAAAAUCUUGUCUGCACGGAAACGGAAUUGCCAAGUCUUCGUGACAUUUGGCCUUUUGACCAUUUGAACUUCUGUUUUUCGUUGAGGUCGUUGAGGAACGAUGAGUUCAGAGGGUGCGAAGGAAGAUUGUCUUGGUUGGGCUGCCAGAGAUCCUUCUGGACUUCUCUCCCCCUACAAAUUCAGCCGCAGGACCGUGGGAAGCGAUGACGUCUCGAUUAGGAUCACGCACUGCGGAGUGUGCUAUGCAGAUGUGGCUUGGACUAGGAAUAUGUCGGGAACCUCCAAGUAUCCUCUGGUGCCAGGGCACGAGAUAGUUGGAAUUGUGAAACAGGUUGGCUCCAGUGUCCAACGCUUCAAAGUUGGCGAUCAUGUGGGUGUGGGAACUUAUGUCAAUUCAUGCAGAGAGUGCGAGUAUUGCAAUGACGGGCUAGAAGUCCACUGUGAAAAGAUGGUUUUGACUUUUGACGGAAUCGAUACGGACGGUACAGUGACAAAGGGAGGAUAUUCUAGUCACAUUGUCGUCCAUGAAAGGUAUUGCUUCAGGAUUCCAGAAAACUACCCGAUGGAUCUAGCAGCGCCAUUGCUCUGUGCUGGACUCACGGUGUACACUCCAAUGAUACGUCACAAGAUGAACCAACCUGGUAAGUCUCUAGGUGUAAUUGGACUUGGCGGGCUCGGUCAUAUGGCAGUUAAGUUUGGGAAGGCUUUUGGACUAAAAGUCACAGUGUUCAGUACAAGCAUUUCUAAAAAGGAGGAAGCACUGAGCCUGCUUGGGGCUGACCAUUUCGUUAUCUCAUCUGACGUAGAGCAGAUGAAGGCCAUUGCUAAGUCCCUGGACUUUAUAAUUGACACGGCAUCCGGCAAUCACCCGUUUGAUCCUUACAUGUCUGUUUUGAAGACGGGUGGCAUUCUAGCAUUGGUCGGCUCAAGCGAAGUUAAAUUCAGUCCAGCCAGCCUUAACCUCAAUAUGAGAACUGUUUCAGGUAGCCUAACGGGAGGAACAAAGGAUACCCAAGAAAUGAUAGACCUAUGUGCAGCGCAGAAGAUAUACCCAAAUAUCGAAGUGAUACCGAUCGAUUAUGCCAACGAAGCUCUAGAGAGGCUCAUCAAGAGAGAUGUUAAGUAUCGAUUCGUGAUCGACAUUGAGAACUCCUUGAAGUGACACCAUCAAUUGUUGAAGUAGUUAACUUUCAGUUUUUACAUGUCUUCAAUAAUGUAAUAGUGGAGUCCUAGUCAAUAGGAAAUGGCUUGUUUUUAGGAGUUAGUUUCUCCACAUGUUCUGGUCAGUGGGGUGUGUUAGUGGGUCUUUGUUGUUGUUGUUCUAUAGCUAUUUUCUUGCUAAGUGGUUUGGAUGUUCUGCCUAUUUAAUAGGCUUAUGUUCUGAUGAAUAAAGUAACGAGAGUUACAGCAACAAUUCUCUUA